AUGUCCUGCUCUCUGCAAAACCCCGUCAUUCCCAGAACUACUAUUCUUGCGACCAAGCAGGACGAUUUCCAAUUCGAUUCCGAGCGUUUCGGCCGGCCGCUUUGCGAAGUCCCCUUAUUCCAGACCGCGACGAUCCCGUCCACGCUUGCUAAGGAUCACAAGCCUGCUGCUUUCAAGCCAAGCUUUAGCAUCAUGCCAUGCCAAUAUGCGCGUAGUAUUGAGACCGCAGAGCCAGGGCCAGAGCCGCCGCGGAAGAGCAGCAGCGGCUCCAAGCGGAAGUACAAGAGUCUCGGAACCGAGGGUUGGCGGAGUAAGCAUAAACACCACUCCACCACACGCCGAUCACCAUCGCGGCAGGCUACUAUUUCCUGUCCCUGCGUGCGGGAGCACAAAGCACCCAAGGCGUCGGAUCAUACAAGGUCAUGCGAGUUCUGCCAUGUAACCGAGACGCCGAAAUGGAGGUCUGGACCAUCGGGACGUCGUACCCUCUGCAACGUCUGUGGAUUGCUGUACGCUAAGAGGGAGGAAAAGGCCCGGUCGUUCUUAUUGGAGAGGGAGUUUGGAUGCGACUCUGUUUUUGAUGCGUCGUCGUGGUCGUCGACAAAGGUAUCAACUGAGGGUACUCAUUCAUCGGGACUGCGAUGA